AUGGCUGCUCCGUUACCGACCGCCGCCGCCACAGCAGCUCCACGCCCCAGCCCCUCAAUCGCCGCCGCCGCAGUCGGGACUCGCCGGGAGCGGCUCCUGCGCCUGCGCAGCCUGGAGUGCCGGGGCCCUCUCGGCCAGCCCGCGCCUGCGCAAUCCGUUCCGGGGGCGUCUUCCUCAAUUCUACUUGACACACCUGGCCUCAUCAGCCCUGUUAAACAGAAAAGGCACCAUCUAGAGCUGUCUUUGUUGGAAGAUCCAUGGAAGAGCAUGGAAUCUGCUGAUCUGGUUGUGGUUCUUGUGGAUGUCUCGGACAAGUGGACUCGGAACCAGCUCAGCCCUCAAGUGCUCCAGUGUUUGACCCAGUUCUCCCAAGUCCCCAGCAUUCUUGUUAUGAACAAGGUAGAUUGCCUGAAGCAGAAGUCGGUUCUUCUGGAGCUCACAGCAGCCCUCACUGAAGGUGUGGUCAAUGGCAAGAAGCUCAAGAUAAGGCAGGCCGUCCGCUCACAGCAGGGCACCCGUUGCCCCAGCCCAGCAACUAAGGACCCAAACACACAGUCUGUGGGAAGCUCUCAGAGGAUUGGCUGGCCCCACUUCCAGGAGAUCUUCAUGUUGUCAGCCCUAAGCCAGGAGGAUGUGAAAACACUAAAGCAAUACCUCCUGGCACAGGCCCGGCCAGGGCCCUGGGAGUUCCAUAGUGAAGUCCUCACUAGCCAGAUGCCUGAGGAGAUCUGCGCCAACAUCAUCCGAGAGAAACUCCUAGAGCACCUGCCCCAGGAGGUGCCCUACAGUAUACAGCAGAGAACAAUUGUGUGGGAAGAAGGGCCAGGUGGGGAGCUGGUGAUCGUACAGAAGCUUCUGGUGCCCAAAGAAUCUCAUGUGAGGAUCCUGAUUGGUCCGAAGGGGCACCUGAUCUCCCAGAUUGCCCAGGAGGCCAGCCGAGACCUUAUGGAUAUCUUCCUCUGUGAGAUUCAGCUCCGCCUCUCUGUGAAGCUCCUCGACUGACCACCCUCUACUACCCGUCCCAGGACAUCCCAGUCCAAGCGUCCAGCAGGAGCC